GUCUAACAGAAAAACAGCUUCUAUCCACUUGAUCUUAAUUCAGAAAUUAGCCAGCGAUUUCAACUGCAACCAUGUGGACUGCAUGAGCUCAGGGGAUCUCGCGCACAGCGCUUUGCACUGCAGAUGCCUCACCCGCUGAAUAAAAACCUGUGCCCUAAAAUGACGAAACUAUUUAGCCCCGGGCAGGAUUCCUUACGCUCUCUCUAUCACACACCCACACACCCACCCACACGUAUAGAAACUGUUACGUAACAACGAUUAGGUGUGCUCAGGAAGAAAAAAAUUUCCGGGAUGCCGGUUCGCUCCGGUCGUGCUUACAGUGCAAACAUCACAUCACAUGACUGACUGCAAUUCCCAUCAAUCCCCUGACGCAUGCGCAGGACGCGUUGUCUCACUGUGAUAAACAGACGUCAGAAGGGAGUCUUCGCCUCGAGUCAAAACAAAACAAAACACAAAAGAUCAACGAGGAAUAGCUGUUUGCUUAUGGCCAUUAACAGCACAAGGGAAAUGAUUUAGCUGUAAAUCCCGUAGACGACCAAGUUACUGAGGGAAAGCUGGUUUCUUCCGACUUUUUCUGGAGGGAUUUUAACUCGUAAAAACUGGAGUUGGCUAACUAUUCUCUCCCUAGUACAUAGUAAAACUACGCUUUCGAGUUUUGUCCCAGAGGCCGAGGGGCUGACGACUGAAUUCAAGAAGCAGGCGAGCUAUAACUUUUCGUCAUUGUUCGAAGGAUAGAGUGGACGACUGUAUUUGGAGUUAGGAAGACUUCUACAGGACGGACCCAUUCGGCUUGCAGUGCCCGCGCGAGCAUCGUGUGUAGCUGCGUGUAGAGGAACAUGGCAGAUGGUGACACGCGCCAGCACACAGCGUGGAGGACCGUGCAAACUUGAACGACGAUAAUACAGAUAUUAUCUCCCCUUUUUCUUUUAUGGUCAAACUCAAAAAAAAAAAAAAAAAAAAACAUCCCAUUAUGAUCGAGCACUCCUGUAAGACAUUGACUCUGUCUUUUUUAUUUUAACAUUUUGAGCGUGAUGAUUUUUUUUAUGUUAAAAAGUGCCUUUAUUCAUUUCUUUUGGCGAAUGAUUAUUCUUACUCAAAGCAUUGAAGCUGUGCGAACUUGCGAUGCAUUCAUUUCAUUUUAUACCUCACGUUUUUAUGUGUUAUCUUAAUCUCAAUAAUGGGUCCCGAUUGACAAAAUAAUAUGACAGGCGAUCGGCUGAUUUUGACAGGCAGCUCAAGCAAGUAAUUCCAUUCACUUGAAUUAGUUUACAAGGACAGUAUUCUUACGUGUGUUGUAAUUGUGCUAGAAACACGAAAAUACUUAGUUUACAAAAGUGAGUAGUGUAGGACGUGAUGCUUUUAAAUUAUGGUAGUUUAUCUCUAUUUGUGGAAAUAUGCAGGUUGUAAUUGGUCUAAAGUCUAACUAAUUGCGAAAGCAAAUCAACUAUUCGCCGCUAGGAAACAGUGGGAUGUGAUUAUUUCAGCAAUUACAGCAUUUAUUCUCAUUGGUUUUGCAAUUUUACUUAUAUAGCUGCCUCUACAAGAAUUAUCAUGUUUAAAACACGUUUUAUUCCUUUGUCUCUUUAGUGUUGAUAAAGUACACAUCUGGUGUAACAUUUCAUAGACCGGCCCGUCACUCCAGCGUGUCCUCUUUCUCGUGAUUUAUUUUCAGUAGGUGGUUUGGCAAUCCAGCUGUUUUGAUGUUGUGAUAAAUGUAGUGAAUUUCCUUUGUUCUUUCUACAUAAACAAAGAGACCCCUCUUCUAUCCUCGUUUGUUGAUGUAAAUCAGAAGGUUUAUGUUAGUUACUAUUAAGGAGAUUAUUUCGCCCAAUCUGGCCUAAUCUCCAAUCUGAGGAUUAACUGACUCUAUACUGGAGUGUUCGGAUUAUUACGAAUUUGCUCCAUUACCCUUUACAUAGAAUCAAUGCGUUACGGUUAAAUUUGGCAUUCACUAUAGUAAUUUUUCUGGAUAACUCUGCCUCCUCGUGAUAUUUAUACUGUAGUGUAAUAGAUCAAUCAACCGUGCAAAAUCCCAAAUUCCUAAACAAGAUUAUUGCACAAGUACUGGAUUUGUUAUAGUUAUAAAUAGUAAUCUGUCGUACUCUUUGUUUUUCAACGUUUUUAUAUAUACACACACAGACACACAUCAUAUAUAUAUAUAUAUAUAUAUAUAUAUAUAUAUAUACUCGCCAGGAAACAAGUUAAUUUAUAUCUAGUAUUCGUUUGAAAUUGUCUGGAUUGCAACGCACAAUGGAGGAAGAAAACGUACCCCCGAUUGACCCAGAUUUUGAGCCGCAAAGCAGACCGAGGUCAUGUACAUGGCCGUUGCCUAGACCCGACAUCUCAGUUGUCAAAGCAGGCGGGGCAGAUGGCUCAGAGUCCGCUGCUGGAACUCCGCCCGCCGAGGAAGAUAAAAACGAGCCUCAACCAAUCAUAUCCGAGCCUGACAAAGUUGCGCUCUCAGAGGGUGGAGUCCUCGCUGGAGUGGGCGUGGCUACGCCUCGUAAAGGCUCUUCGCGGCGUAAUGCGUGGGGUAAUCAGUCCUACGCAGAUCUGAUCAGCCAGGCGAUUGAAAACUCGCCAGAAAAACGACUCACUCUAGCGCAGAUCUACGAUUGGAUGGUGAAAACGGUGCCGUAUUUUAAGGAUAAAGGCGACAGUAACAGUUCUGCUGGGUGGAAGAACUCAAUUCGCCACAACUUGUCCCUCCACAACAAGUUCCUACGAGUGCACAAUGAGUCCACAGGAAAAAGUUCCUGGUGGAUGCUUAAUCCUGAGGGGGGUAAGACUGGCAAGGCCCCUCGCCGCCGUGCUGCCUCAAUGGACAACAGCAGUAAAUUGCUUAAAAGUCGUGUGCGGGCAAAGCAGACUAAAAAGCAGGCUGGAGCGGGCAGCUCUGGAGGUGCCAUGCAAGGUGACGUUGUUUCUGGCUCUGGAGGUGCAGACAGUCCUGGGCCUCCGGGCCAGUUCGGGAAGUGGGGAGUGAACAGCAGCAGCCCCUCCUCUCGUGCUAGCCUGGAUGACCCUGACAUGUGGACAAGCUUCAGGCCACGUACAAGCUCCAAUGCCAGCACACUUAGUGGUAGGCUGUCUCCCAUUGCCACAGGGCAAGAAGAAGAGGAUGAAUUACCUGAGGAUGGGCUUCUUAGUGGCUAUUCCACAGGUAAUCUUCCCCCAACACUAACUGAGACCCUCAUGGAAGAACUGGACUUGAUUGAUGGGCUAACUAUAAUCACAGGUCCGCAAGGGGGUGCAAGCCCAAGCACAGCUCCCCCUGCUCCCCCUCAGCCACUGCCUUCUGCAUCCACUCUGUUGCCUCGAGGGUCCAGCUUUCCCUCAUUUAGACAGCUGCAGCCAACAAAGGCUUUGCAGGGAUCAGCUUCACCAGGGCAACAGAGCUCGGUCCAACCAAGUGCUCGGUCCAGCGCAAGCCCUUCCAGCUUCGGAAACUCCCUGUUUAACCCUCUGCCUGGUCCUGGAUCCCACAGUGGUUUUAGCACUCAUGUGCCCUCCAGCCUUGAGUCUCUCCUUACCUCUGAUUCACCCCCACCCAGUGAUGUCAUGAUGACUCAGAUGGAUCCUCUCAUGCCGAGCCAAAGAGGCACAAACCUUUUAGGUCUUGGAGGUUCUAUGUCCAGCAGCCAGACUAAGCCAGGUCAAAUGAUGUUGAGCAAGAGCAUGGAUGCAAUCACAGUAGGGCAAAUGACCCUCCAGCCUCAACCCCAAAUCCAGCACUCUCAAAUGGGCUUUGGAAUUAUGCAUUCAAGCAUGGGCCAGGAGCCAUCUCCAUUCACAGCUAUGAAGACCCAGCAUCAAUUGCAAGGGAUUGGUCUUCUACAGCAUGGAGGUGUCAGUUCACCUGGUGGGAAUGGAGGUGUGCAAGGUACAGGCCAAUUUGCUUCCCCACCCUGCUUCAUGCCUUCCCAAGAACGUAUGCCUAUAGACUUGGAUAUUGAGAUGUUCACUGAAAAUCUGGACUGUGAUGUGGAUUACAUUAUCAACAGUGAUUUAAUGGAUGGAGACUUGGUUGACUUCAACUUUGACCCUAUCAUACAGAGUGGGCAGGGUUAUGCGGGGCCAGCGACCACACAAAGUUCCUCCCAUAACUGGGUGCCCAGCUAACUCUAUUAUUGAAGACGAGAACAGGACAGUCACCCGUCCUUAACAACAAAUCAUUGAAAACAAAUGUGUGGCACAUUGCCGGAACAUAUUCUCAAAGUUUUGCCGCUGCAUUGCCAUUGUACCUCAAAUACAUAAACUGCUUUGGCUAAGGAUAGCGUACACUUGGCCAAACAAUCUUGUCAGAAUUUUCAAAUAGAUGACGAAAGCAAACCUCAUUUAUGUCAAGUGCCAGUGUCAACUUAGAAGUGUGCUGUUGGACACAGACUGAACUUGGUCUUGAAACACACACACACACACACACACACACACACACAUAUAUAAUUUUUUUAUUUUUAUUUGUGCAACAUGUUUUUGAAAGUUGCCGUUUAUUUGGAGUUGUCUAGGCCAAUUGAGAGAAAACAGACUAGAGAAGCGCAACUAAUAAACAACUAAUCGUGUUUAUUACAGUUAUGCCAGUGAUUAGUACUACCAGAGUAGUGUAAGAUGGAGAGGGUACUCCUUGAUCUUCUUUACCCUAAAAAUGGAACUCAUUCAGCCAGGAGGAUCAAACUGUGCAGCUUUUGUUUUAUGUGAACUCUCAUUCUUUGAUCUGAGUGGUCUUUUUAGUCACAAUGCUGCACUGAUGCUGUGAUUUCACAAUUACACAGUUGACCUGAUGUUGCGAUUGCUCUCCAACCCCCUCUGAGGAAGAACAUGUCACCACAGGAAUGUUAUGUUGAGAACAGCAUGAUCCUCUUCAUGUUUCGAGCCUCUGAGUGGCAAAGGUCCCACCGAGCCCAGAACAUGCUUGGAGUGCGUGGUUGAACAGUUUACUGUGUGCUCUAAAAAGCACUGCCUCAGCGGUACAAAGCAUACACUGGUUUCUUAUACGUGAAAGGGGGAGGGUGGUUUGGUGAUGCUUUGGUGUUCAAUGUGCAGUUUGUUUGGCUUUCAUGACCUCUGCUCACAAGAAGGUUCUUCUGAUGUACUGAAGAGUAGAGGAUGAUUAUCAAAUUAUUUCAUUGUCUGCUCUUAAAGGAAUAUUUCGGGUUCAAUACAAAUUAAGCUGAGUCGACAGUAUCUGGGACAUAAUGUUGGUUAACACAAAAAUACAUUUUGACUCAUCCCUAAAAGGCAAAAAUCUGGGUUACAGUGAGACACUUACAAUGGAAGUGAAUGGGGCCAAUCUGAAAACACUCAUUUAUUGAAAAAAUAUUAAAAAAAAUAGUCACAGUUACAAAAGAAUAGCUACAAGAUGUAAACUAUAUGCUUCUUAACAUGAUUUUAGUGUUCUAAAAUCGCUUUCUAACCUUUUCUACAUAAAGUUAAUUCAGUUUUACAUCUUUGUUGGCAUGAUGUCGGUGACAAAUGACUAGAUGGUCACCUGGCUAGAACAGUAGUCUGCCACAAAAAUGACAAUUUAAACAACUUUAACAGCUCAAAUAAUACACAAGAUUUAAUAAAAUAAUUAAUGUAAGUGCUUUUAUAAAUUUAUAAGCUUCCCAUUUCUGACUUUAAACCCCUCAAAAAUUGGCCUUCUAUUGUAAAUGCCUCAUUGGAACCUCAAUUCUUGCUUUUUUUUUUUUAAAGGAGGGAGGAGUACAAAAUUACUAUUAUUAUUUUUGUGGUAAUCAACAUUAUGCCACAAAUGCUGUCCAUUGGGUUUAACUUGUAGUGCACCUAGAAUAUUCCUUUAAGUGUUUGUUAGUGAUGACAACAGUAUGAAGAAAUUUGAUUUUACAUAGGACAUUUUGAUGCAUUUUAAAUCCUGUCAACAGGUUAAAUGGCAUAGUGUUAUUGCUGGGAGUUGAGAGCCUUUUUGCAGAAUGCAAUAUCUGAAGUUAUUUUUCAUGUGUGUGCAGGAAGGUGUGUGUGCAAAAUGUUUUAAUGCUCCCAAAACUUGAUUCCAACACACUGGUGACAGAAUUCAAGGUUAUACUGAAUCAUUUCAUUUAAAAAGUUAUUUUCUGGGUUAUUGGUGAGUUUGAAGAGAAAAGCUACAAUAAUGAGUACUUUUAUGAGAUGUUUUGAUUCCUCUGGCAUAUUGACUGUGGCCACAGAGACAGGGCAUGAAGAAAAUAUUUUCAGUUUUUUAUAAACAGCACUACUCGUCUUUUGUCGAAACAUUAUACAUGAACAAAAGCAGUUGAAAAGUUUAGAUUGGGGUGAUACCAUUAACAGAUACUAAUAAGAAAACGUGCUGUUAAUGUUUUUUUAAUCUGAGCAGAAACUAUUUCAGAUCAUUUUUAACGGUCAUUUUCUAUGUAAUCUUUUAUUUUUGUAAAAGAUGAGAUGCAUGUAGAUUUUACACAUAACCAAAGGAACACUAAAAACUGCAUGUCAGACAGCAAGGGCAGGGGAUGGAGGCAUUGCAGUGUGGAUAAGCUUUACAAAACCGUUCAGAAACUGUUCUCACUGUGUAAAUAAAGCACAAAUUGAUUAAUUGCAUGGAUGUGUUUAACAGAAUACCAUGCUCUAAAAGUGGAUAUUUUCUGUAGUUGAUUAUGUUGAAAGAAAGAAAAAACAGUUUUGCAUCAUGAGCACUUAUCGAUGUCUAGGCAAUGUAACUGAUUUCAUCUCAAAAAACAAAACUGGCCCAACCUAAAAUUGUUAAUGCAAUGUUUCACUCUCAGGGUUAUAAAAAAUAAAGAACUUCUGCAAGGAAGUAAUGAGAUAAUCAUGUUAUGACAUUGCUCACAGCCUUUUCUAAAUUCUGUGUGAAAGUAAUUUAUGCAAGCCAACCAUCACAUAGAUAUUUUAACAUUGCAGAAAUAUAGAGAUUUAUCUAAUGUAUGCAUUUGUAGAAUUCCUACCAACACUCGUAAACUGCCAAUAAACACUAUAGCAUGUUGCUCCAGAGCAAACCAUUCAGUUUUAAUGCCCCUCUCCUUUCAAUUUUUUUUUUUUUUUUUUUUUUUGUGUGUGUGUAGUAGAAGGGUUGACAUUUUUGUGUCAUUAUUUGUUUCUCUGUUUUUUACUCACUAGUUUAAAACCAGCAUUCUGAAGGUUUUUGGUAAAUUUGUUUUUGGUGGUGUAUAGAUCGGCUUCAGUUUGAGAGCUGGACAUGAGUUGAUCUUAUCACUUUAAUGUGCAUUAGAUAAACUAACUGUUAAAGCACUAUCUCCUUACAGAGGAAUAUUUUUUUCUCGUAUUGAUCGGUGCUAGAUAUUAAACAUGACAAUUAAAGAGGGCCAUAUUUGACUGGUGCAUAUGUAGAUAUUAGGGCCUUUAAUAAUUUUAUGCAACACAUAUUGUGUAUAAUUUCUUAAUGUAGAAAAUAGUAUGAAAAAUUUACCUACAUUUUAAUUCCCAAACUCUCAGUUUUUGUAUAUUAUGAUAAAGCUGUGAAUGGGGAGGGAGGGGCUCGGCCAUUUCACCACAUAUGUUGUAACAAUGCACCUCCUGAAUGGUGUUUGUGGUGUAAUGUUUGUAACAAAUUGAUUUCGGGCUGAAUUUGAACCCAGGUUUACAUCAAUGUUCUUGUCUUUUGGGGCAUACUUUUUCUCAUGUUUGCAUUUUUAUAUGUAAUUGAUUUUUAUACCAGAAUGGUACACAUUUCAGAAAACUUUACGGCUGACUGUCAACUUUGACAUUCUCUGAAGUGAUGUCCGAAUACAAAGUAUUUGAUCAGAUUGAAAGUGGAUUAUUAGGGUCAACACCUUGGCUCGGUUUUACUUCUUAAAGAAGAGUUGAUGGGAAUGUUGAAUAUUGUAUUAGCCCCAUCAGACAGUCUUUACAGGGCCGCUGCAUGAAAUGCAGGAAUUCCACACCUUCCCUCUUUCCAAAUCACUCUUACUAUUCUUGUAUGAUAUUAGCUUAAAUUUUUUCCUUUACCUUGUUUUAGUUCCUGUAACUUUUCCAAGAAUUUGCUAAAUAUCCCAGUUGAUAACAAAGGACAUUAGUUUAUGGUAUGGGUUGUUUUUUCCCCCUUUUGUUUUGGGUUAUGGCAGAAUGUAAGACUGAUGAGUUGUGCAUAGCCAAUAUACUGUAUAUGUACUUGAUUGCCUUGUUUUUGUUUUGUUUUUUGAUGAAUUUCUCUCUUCCCCCUCCCCUCCCCUUUGUUAGCCAGAAGUCACUGAAAGCAGUUCAGCAUAAUAGAAAUAAACCUAAUUUUUAACUCAGA